UUGUGUGUGAGUUUAGGAAUGGCUGGUGUGUUUUGUAGAGCUUUGUCAUUGACGUAUUAUCAUUCGUUACGUAUUAAAAUUUGUAAAAUGAGCUCACAAACAAUUGUUGCUAAAGAAUUUUUUGGCAAAACUGAUCAUCAUUGUGGUGUACAUAUUGACUCAACCAGGGAACCAUGUGAUGUCAAUAAUAUUGUCACCUGUUUACGAGCAUCAUUAGAAAAAUGGAAAAUGAAAAAUAUAAAAACAGUAUGGUUUAAAAUUGAACGUAAUAAUUCUGACUGGAUACCACAUUUGAUAAAUGAAGGUUUUUAUUUUCAUCAUGCUAAAAAAAAUUUUGUAACAUUAUAUCAUUUAUUGGAUUCAAAUUAUGAUAUACCACCAUAUGCACAUACAAAUAUUGGAGUUGGUGCAUUUGUAUUAAAUGAAUUGACAAAUGAAAUUCUUGUUAUUAAAGAAAAACAUUCAAGUUUACCAGUAAGUCGAUGGAAAUUACCUGGUGGAUAUGUUGAACCAGGUGAAAAUAUAAUGGAAGCAGCUGAAAGAGAAUUACUUGAAGAAACUGGAAUAUCUGGAAAAUUUAAAUCACUUGUUGGAUUUCGUCAUGCUCAUAAUUAUGCAUUUGGUUGCAGUGAUAUUUACAUGGUAGCAAGAUUAAGUCCAGUUACAUUUGAUAUUAAAAAAUGUGAUAAAGAAAUAUCUGAAUGUGUUUGGAUGAAGCUGGAAGAGUAUGCAAAUAAUCCAGAUGUUUAUGAACAAAAUCGCCUCAUUGCUAGAAAAAUGAUGGAGUAUAUUAAAAAAAAUUUAGAAAUUGGUUUGGUCAAUGCUCGAAGAGUCAAUUCAACAGAGCCAGUUUGGAUUUAUUUGAUCAAUGAUCAAAAUGAUCCAACACCAACAAGCCUAUAAUGUUAUUUAUAUUUUUUUUUUCUUCUAGUUAAUUAAUUAUUUUUUUUUUUUGUUAUGCUGUAAAAAUGUAUAGAAAGUUUUUUGUUGUAAGCUGAUAUUUUUUAUGUCAAAUAUAACAACGCACACAGUGAUUCCAAUAGUUUAUUUUUAACGAAAAAAAAAUAUUCAAUUGCUGAUUUUUCUUCAUUGGAAAAUUGAUUA